AUGUCCCUUCCUGACCGUCUCUUGGUGCAGAUUGCAUCCUACAACACAAAUCUUCAGGGCGUGCUUGGCCUUCCUCAGGAUUUGGUCGACUGGCUUGCUCCCACAUUACAGGUUUCCAACUUCCUCUUCCAUCAACAACGAGCACCAGACAUCAUUGCUGUCGGUUUCCAGGAACUUCUCCCUUUGCAUCUUGGACUUUCCGGGCUCUCCAAGGCAGUUCUCAGCAGCAGAAAUGCGCUUAUAUUGUCGCAGAUAGAGGAACAUGCGCCAAACAAGGAGUCUUACACACUUAUUGCGAAAGUAGUCAACGUUGGCGUUGCGCUAUUGGUUUAUGGACGCGAUGCUGGUAUUGCCAGAAAAGUGUGCGACGUUCAGACUCAAUGGACGGGAUGUGGUCUUGCGUACAUGGGCAAUAAAGGCGCCGUUGGCGUGCGGUUUCGCGUUUUGAACGCCGAGGGUGAUCCAGGCGAAACGUAUACAUUCGUCAACUGUCAUCUCGCAGCCUUUGAUCAUAGGGUUGAACAGAGAAACGCAGACUUCAGACACAUCGUCUCUACACUUCUCUUUCCUCCGGUUACUGACUCUAGUUCACCCAGUACAAUCUACGAGACCUCUCAUCUGUUCCUCCUCGGUGAUCUGAACUACCGGCUGGAUAUCCCACCUUCCCACCCGCUGUUCGAGAUACGAAAUCUCCCAGGAUUUUCUGGCGCCAUCGACUCUGAGGCCACCAGAAAAGAGCUAGGAAUGUUCGACCAACUUACGACAGAGAAACAAAAAGGACACGUUUUCAUGGGCUUACAUGAAGGAGAUUUCUGGAAAUUUAAAUGUAGUUACAAAUACCAGCUUGGCGAAACUGACAAGUAUAGCACAAAACGAACGCCGUCAUGGACGGACCGAAUCCUGUACGCUACGUAUAGCGAUUCGCCCGAUACUCCUGGUGAAUGCGGAAUAGCCAAUCUGUUGUAUACCAGCAUCCCUUCUUACACGACAUCUGAUCACAAACCCAUUAUUUGUCUAUUACUUUUACCCCCUUCAACACCAAACUCGUCAUCCUCCAUACCCCUCAUCCGUCUUCCAGCCACAUACGUACCCCUCCCUGAUCGAAGAGCGGCACUGAAACGUUAUGUGGGGCGAAUACUCGACCGCAUCGUCGGAGUAAUUUGGUGGCUGUUGACUUUACUUGGAGCCGGAUCGGGAAUUAUCGGUAGCUUCAAUUUUUUCUUGGGCUUGGGUGCUUGGAAAUGGUGGAAAGCAAGUUCCCUUGUGUAG